CGAAGGGCGAGAUUAGGGUGAGGAUGAUGGUGAACAGAAACUGAAAAGGGAGGAUGGCAUCUCCUACGUUUUUCAGGGGUUAUGUUCAUGGGAAGAACAUUGAAAAUGAGAACCAGAUACUUGAGGACAUUAGUCCAACCAGCAAGUCAGUCCGAGACUCGAAAUCCCUCCUCACUGAAAUGAGAGCCCAGAAUUUUGAUGUCAUUCGAUUUGCCACGUAUAGGACAGCCUGUAAACUGAGAUUCAUUCAAAAGAAGACCAACUUAUCCCUUGUGGACAUCUGGAAUAUCAUUGAGUCCUUCAGGGAGAAUGGUCUAAACUCACUGGAGCCUGACUCAGAGUUGAACUCGUCUCGAGUAGAGGCCAUCAUCUCGAGUCUAUUCUGUAAUCUUAACAAACGUCUUCCUUCCACACAGCAAGUCAAUGCUGACCAGUGUGUUAACAUGUUGUUACACUGGAUCAUAUCUGCCUAUGAUAGAGAAGGCUAUGGAAGAAUGAGUGUUUUUUCCCUCAAAGUGGCACUCUCCCACAUGUGUUCUGGAAAAAUGAUGGACAAACUUAGGUAUAUCUUCACCCAGAUUUCUGACUCCAGCGGUAACAUGGUGUGGACCAGGUUUGAAGACUAUCUCCGAGCCCUGCUUGCCCUCCCAGCAGCUGUUUUUGAGGGACCGUCAUUUGGAUAUAAUGAGACGGCUCCUAGAAGUUGUUUUGAUAAAAAUAACCCAGUGAAUGUGAAUGAUUUUCUGAAUGUGAUGAUGGUGGACCCAGGACCACAAUGUUUGAUGUGGCUCCCCAUUCUCAGCAAGAUGCCACAGGUCGAAAAUGUGUUUCAUCCAGUGUUGUGUGAAGGUUGUCACCGAGAAUCCUUUAUGGGUUUCCGGUAUAAAUGUCAGAGGUGCUGUAAUUUUCAACUGUGCCAAGACUGCUUUUGGAGGGGACGAACAGCUGGUAACCAUACCAACGACCAUCAAAUGAAGGAAUUCACUGCUUACAAAUCUCCAGCCAAGCAGAUUGGACAUAAUCUGAAAAAGACGUUUAAAUGUGUGCCAAACAAAUCAACGCAAUCGAAGCUCCCACAGUUCCCCGAGACCCCAGAAAAAACUGUAGACUUGUCAUACAUCAUAAAUCUGCCUUUUGAAGAAGUCAUGUCUUUAUUGAAACCUCCAACUCCACAACAACAGCAACCUAGAAAUGGUUUCCAUGACACUCUGUUGCAUCAAGCAGUCAACUCAUUACAGCUGAAUGGAGGGGAACCUCAGAAAAGCCCCAGGAAGAUGACAGCUAGCGUAGAGUGUGUUCCUGUGGACGAUGAACAUCGUCUGAUUGCCCGGUAUGCAGCUCGCCUGGCAGCAGAUGCAGAAAAUACAGCAAGAAGUCCAACCGAGUUGAACUUCAGUUUAGACUCCAACAAAGCACAGAGGGAGCUAAUAUCCCAACUGGAGGCCAAAAACAGGGAGAUUAUGAGAGAAAUCCACAGGCUUCGAUCAGAGCAAGAGGCUCAUGCACGGAGUACAGAAAGUGCCCAAUAUAACCCGACAUUGCUGGCAGAAUUACGACAGCUCAGGCAGCGAAAAGAUGAGCUUGAGUCAAGAAUGUCCGCCUUACAGGACAGCCGGAAAGAGCUCAUGGUACAGCUGGAGGGACUGAUGAAACUGCUGAAGACACACCCCACCUCCCCUCGAGCUGUACCCACAGACAGCACUCCCCACCAUCAGAACCUUUCUCAGUCCCUCCCUGACAGGUAUGCUGCCCCUAAUAUCCCCACAACACCAGCCAUGGAGUCUUCCAUGCUAGCAGGAGUAGGGGGUGAAGUGAGACAGGCAUUUUAUAACCCUGGGCCAGUGGAGAAUGUUCGGUUGAUCCGGAAUGACCUUAUGUGUGCUGCUGAUUCUGUCACCAGUGCCAUGUCUUCGCUAGUCAAAGAACUCAACUCAGAGGCCAGUAGCAGUGAUGAAGAUGAAGACAACAUUAUAAAACAAGAAGCCAACUUAGAAAUGGAGGAAGCGUAUAUUGUGGAAUCUCAGGAUGAAGUGGAUAGCUGGCAGAAUGAAAUUCUACACCGUAUGGAUCAGGACCAGGACUUUUUGUCCCAGCUUAAGGCUCGCCGAAACAGAAAUAAUAACCACAGUGAUAGUGAAACAGACUCCCUCCCCCCUCCCUCUUAUGCGUCAGUUACAGAGAGUGCCACGCCUUAUUACCCAGUCUCCAAUAACAACCGGGAGGGUACAGAGGAUGGGGACUCAUUUGUUCUGAUGGAUGACAACAAAACUGAUGAUGAUGCAGAGCUUUACGAUAAUCAUCCCAAGGAGUUGCCCAACAGACUGACCUCCAGUACUCAUACGACGGAUGACGAGAGUUACCUCCAGUCAGACGCAGACUCGUACAUCCGCACAGACGAUGACGAGGAAAGCAGCAACACUGACUGGGAGGAGUCUAUGAAGAGAUGGGUCAACCGAUAGGCGGAGUCAACUGAUAGACGGACAGACAGGGUCAACCAAUAGACAGCCAAGGUCAAGCAGUAAACCAGCAGGGAUUGUGCAAUCUAUUAUAAUGAUAUGGAACACUUACUUAAGUAGUGUGUAGUAAAAUCAACUCAAUUAAAGAAGGGAUUGUGCAAUCAUGAAAGUGCAAAAUGAAGAGUUUUAGAAAAUCACUGAAACCAAAGAGGUCUUAACUCUCAGCAAAUGGAACUAAUGUGACAUUGCUGAGUGUGAUAAAAUUAAAGUGCAAUGCUGAUAGGGCAGGACAUUCCUCACAGUAUAGUGUGAACUGUGAAAUAAUAUAUUUUCUUGAAAACAAAAAUUUAAAUGUUUUUUUUAGUUUAAAUUGCUUCAUAAUUCUAAUGUCUAGUCGACAAAAGGAAAUCCCAGGGCAGUUAUCCGAAACUGUGCUACAUGUUUGUUGUUAUUUUUUUUUUUAUUUCUCUAGCAAAAUGGUGUGCAAUAUUUCUGUCUAAUAUUUGAGUUUUCCCAAGCUUUGGGUUGUCAGCAUUUUUAUCUUUUACCAAAGAAUAUGUUACUUGUUAUUAAUAUAUUCAGCAAUCAAGAUUAGCUCUUCUGAUGAAUGAGAUACAUAAACAUAUGUACGAUAAGGAUUUAUCUAACAACAAUGUUCUACUAUUGAGCUCUGUUUUAGUGAAGUAUUAGGAUGAGCUCGGUAUCUUGUAUGACUAAAUACAUGUACACGUAAUAACUCUAAAGCAUAUACAGACCAAAAAAAAAACUACCGCGUAGAUAUUAAUACAUUUCAGCAAAACUCUGAUUGAUGUAAAUUACAUUUUAUUUUACUGCGAGGACUUUCAUUAUUCCAACAUUAUUUCAGAGGUUUUUGCAGACAUUGAAAUAACUUAAUAAAGAAUGGUAACUCUGUCUUAUGGAUGAUAUACAAAAAUAUUUAAACCUCAAAAACUUUUUACAUAAAUGUUUGCUGAAGCCUAUUGAAAGUAAACUCAUGUAAAUUAACUGAAUUCCAGAACCAUUUAGUGUUAGGUUAGGGAAUGCUGUUCACUUCAAUAAUUCUUUCAUAUAUAAUUUAGCAUUUAAGGAACAUGUAUACAUGUAUGUACAUAUACUAAUGCUUACAUUUUACACCUAUCAUUUGUAACUUAAUUUGCUUGAUCACGCAAAUUUAAUAAUCCUGAAAAAUAAGAGUCCCUGUAUUUGAUACCUCUAGUCUAUAGGUCUACCUCCCUAUCAUAAUCAGCUGUUAUACACAAAUCAACCUAGAAUUCUAAGUCUUUAAACUUCAUAGCAUGUUUCAGUUAUAUAUGAAUUAACAUAUCUUCAUUCAUUAAUAACAUCAGUGUAUGAGAUUAUGUAGAUUUUUUUAAGUAUUAGUAUUUAUCACUACUUACCAGUUAUAUGUGAGUUGUCAUGGAGGAGAAUCUUAAUUAACUUUGUUACAUUAUUACUACUUAAAAAAAUAUUUCCUUUCGGCAAUGUGUUGUCAUAAUUCUUUGUUAAAUUAUUUUUAUAUCAUCAAUGCACAACAUUAUUGGUGUUGUUGAUUUUUUUUUUUUUAAUAAUUAAAAUUUAUAUGAUAAACUUGUAGAUGUUAGAAAAAGAUAAAUCAAGCAGACAGUAUAUAUGCCUUUAAGAAGUGCUCUACAUAAAUUAAGUCAAAUUUAUUGUUUAUAAAAUUGUACACCUAGAAAACUAACAAUGUACUUUACAGAUAUUUGUGUUAUAUAAAACUGCUGUUUUGAUUCCGUUUAUCUUUGCUUUAGCUAUUUUUGUGAUCCAUUGAUAUGACUGAGGUUGUGCUCCUGUAAUGUAUUACAAUGGUUGUAAUUUGUGUAACUUGUACAGUAAUUAUAAUGUAAAACAUUUGUUUUACAUUGGUUGUAAAUGUGAUACAAAUAAUAGUAUUACAAAUGACUGUAAUUUGUCCAGCCAUAGUUUAUUCAUUUUACAAUGGUAGAAUUUAACACAUGACUUUAUAUCUUGAUGACAAAAGUUACAAUUUGUAUAAAAAUGGUUGUCAGUGUAAAACAGUGGCUAGACCACCUCAUCAAUCAGUAGAGCUCUACAUUUUAUAACAUUGAUAUUGUUUUAUACAUUUGACUAUUGAGAUUUUUGUUACCAUGGAAACUGUUGUUGAUUUUACGAUGAAGUAAUCCAUUUAGAUAAAUAAGGGGGAAAAGAAGCUCUGUUUAAUAUAUAGACUUAAUAAAUAAAACUUGAAGAAGAAUUUACAAA